AUGGGUCAGGAUGAGUCCUCCUUGAGCUAUGCCGGCCCGCCUGCCACCCUCACCGAGCGGAGCCUGGCUGCUGUCGCGGAGUACAUCAAGUCGGGUCGCAGCAAGCGGAUUGUCGUCUUGACUGGCGCUGGUAUCUCAACUGCUGCUGGAAUCCCCGACUUUCGAUCGCCAGGAACAGGCCUUUAUGCCAACCUUGCCCGUCUCAAUUUACCCUACGCCGAAGCCGUCUUCGACAUCUCCUACUUCCGCGAACACCCCGAGCCCUUCUACGUUCUCGCAAACGAAUUGUACCCCGGAAAGUUCCACCCGACCGUCUCGCAUGCCUUCAUCGCCCUCCUCGCCCGCAAGGGCCUUCUCCAGAUGCUCUUCACCCAGAACAUCGACUGCCUCGAGCGCGUAGCCGGAGUCCCCUCGGACAAGAUCAUCGAGGCGCACGGAAGCUUUGCGAACCAGCGCUGUAUCGAGUGCAAGGAAGAGUACCCGGAAGAUAAGAUGAAGGAGCACGUCUUUGGGGGCAAGGUUCCUCAUUGCGACAAAGAAGGCUGCAAGGGACUCGUCAAGCCAGAUAUUGUCUUCUUCGGCGAGCCUCUUCCCAAGGCAUUCGACAACAAUACAUAUCAAGUCGCCAUGGCGGAUCUGGUUCUGGUCGUCGGUACCAGUCUGAGCGUCUAUCCCUUUGCCGCUCUCCCAGGUAUUGCGCAGGAGGGUAAGCCCCGUGUGCUCUUCAACAUGGAGAGGGUGGGCCAGCUUGGCACUAGGUCAGACGACGUAAUUGAGCUGGGCGACUGUGAUGCUGGUAUUCGCAAGUUCGCUGAUGAGCUCGGCUGGCGCGACGAGCUUGAGAAGAUGUGGAGACAGAUCGUUGGUGAUGUUGAAGCGGAGAGACAGCUCAAUGGUAGAAAGAAGGAUGAGGUGCAGGACGAGAUUGAACGCUUGGCAGCUGAGGUCGAAGCGGUUGUUAUCGAUGAUGACAAGAACGAUACAAACGACACACAUGUCCAACAACCCAACGAAAGACAAGACGUGCCCCAAGAAUCGGAGUCUACUACGCACCACGAGGACCCCGUUGUUCCAGAACAGACUAAGAACGAGGCCGACAAGGAAGAACCAGCAAGUACACCAGCUCCUCUGGCCACCACAGCUACCACGGACGAGCCCAAUAAGUCGACCGAAGAACCCAAGCCUGAGAUUCCUGCGGUUGAAGCAGCCAAAACAGAAUCCCUUGUCCCAGAGCCACUAAAGCCAGAGACACCUAAGGAGGAGACAAGAGAGGCACCGAGAGAGGAGCCCACAAACGACAUAGCUACAGAAGGAGCUUCAAAAGAAGAAAAAUAG